UAAAUUUAGAUGAUACCAGGUGAUAAAAUGAGUUUCCCAAGGUUCCACUAGUCACUUGUCUACAGAACACACCUAAACCUGUUGUGUUAACAGGGGAAUCAGAUGAGGGACCGCUGCAUCUUCCAGAAAGCCACAGACUGCCUUUAUCUCAGAAAUGGAGCCCAAAAGGAGAAUCCAAGCAACCAUAUGGGAGCCUGAAACACCCUCAAUUCCAAGCCAGCCUUUUGUGGGGAAGCUCAGAAGAAGCAUGCUACCCCCAGGUUUGCAGAAGAAACAAGUCCGAAAGUUCAGAGCUACCAGGCCCUUUACCAUCCCCAUGAGACUGACCAGCUGCAUCUUACCCAGGCCUGUGACGCUCAUCACCGCCCACCCUGGCAAUGAGGUCAGGUGCGGGCCCCACGAGGAGAAGCUGAAGAAGCCCCAGCAGCUGUGUACAAGCUGGAGGCUGCAGGCACUCAAGCACCAAGGCAGCGAAGAAGAAGGUUUAAGCCAAUUGGAUUUCACAAACGCCUUCCCAGCCAUGACUUCAGGAAGCCGAGGAGGAUCCUGGGGCCAGGCUGCUGCUGAGAGCUCGCAGCCCGCCCCUGGCCUGUCUCCCUUCUGGAAAGAGAUGAUCCCGGAAGCUUUUCACCUUGUCCCUCCCCCUUCCAGCCAGCAGGUCACUUCCGCAGACAUCCAGAGACAGGCUCGGAAAGUGAAGAGGGCCAGGGAGAGACUGGCCGAGGCCUUGAGGGCAGACAGCCUGGCCAGGGAGGCAGAGAGGCUGAGCAGCCAGGAGGAAAGGGCUGAAACCCAGGUGGAAACAGGAGCAGGAGCUGCUGGAGACUCGGAGAUGUGAGGCUGCUGGAGAGAUGGGAUUCACUAGAGUUUCCAGUGUUGUUGUCUGUCUUUUAAUUCUAGUUCUAAACUUGCCAAGGACCCUGUUACAUCCAAAGUUUUACUAUUAAACUUUAGAAGCAGAACAUAGGUGGUUUUGUGAGAUUAAAUUUCAUGUGGGAAG